CUCAUUCUCUCCAGAAUUCACUCACUUAUAAGCCAUAUUCACUUCUAUUCAUUCAGGGUAAAGCAAAACAUGGAGGCUAUGAGCAGCAUUGCCACUCUAUUGCACUCUUUCUUCUUGCUUAGCUGCUUGUUCUUCUUGGCCAACGCCAUCCCCAAAACUCACCACCAUGACUUCGUCGUUCAAUCAACUCCAGUGAAGAGGCUGUGCAAUACUCAGAACGCCAUAACGGUGAAUGGCCAAUAUCCAGGGCCAACCUUAGAGAUAAACAACGGUGAUACUCUUGUGGUGAAGGUUAUCAAUAGAGCUCGAUAUAAUGUAACCAUUCACUGGCAUGGGGUUCGGCAAAUGAGGACUGCAUGGGCUGAUGGACCUGAAUUUGUCACACAAUGCCCGAUCAGACCAGGGGAGAGUUACACGUAUCGGUUCACGGUGCAAGGGCAAGAAGGUACACUUUGGUGGCAUGCACACAGUUCUUGGCUUAGAGCCACUGUGUAUGGAGCUCUGAUUAUUCAUCCAAGGGAAGGAGAUUCCUACCCGUUCCAAAAGCCAAAGCGCGAAACGCCCUUGCUUCUUGGUGAAUGGUGGGAUGCAAACCCGAUCGACGUUGUCAGAGAAGCUACUAGAACAGGAGGAGGUCCCAACAUCUCCGAUGCAUAUACCAUAAAUGGCCAGCCUGGUGAUCUCUAUAAUUGCUCCAGUAAAGAAACUGUGAUCGUUCCAGUGGAUUCGGGUGAAACGAACCUUCUGCGAGUCGUCAACUCUGCACUAAACCAACAGCUCUUCUUUUCUAUAGCCAACCACAAGAUGACUGUUGUUGGUGCUGACGCGUCCUAUGUUAAGCCCUUCACUACCAACACACUCAUGCUCGGACCAGGUCAGACAACCGACGUGUUAAUAACAGCUGAUCAAACACCUUCUCGGUAUUACAUAGCAGCACGAGCCUACGCCAGUGCCCAAAAUGUACCUUUUGACAACACGACCACCACCGCCAUUCUUGAAUACAAAAGUGCACCUUGUCCAGCAAAAGGAACCUCCAUUAGGCCGGUCCUCCCUUCUCUACCCGCGUUUAAUGACACGGCCACAGCAACAAAAUUCUCUACCAGCUUCAGAAGCCCCAGAAAAGUUGAAGUACCAACAACUAUAGAUGAAAGCCUUUUCUUCACAGUUGGUUUAGGCGUCAAUACAUGCCCCUCAGGUGCCAACGCUAACACGUGUCAAGCUCCAAACCGGACUCGUUUCACAGCUAGUAUGAACAAUGUUUCAUUUGUACUCCCAUCAAACUUCUCUUUACUACAAGCACAUCAUCAAGGAGUUCCAGGCGUUUUCACUACUGAUUUUCCAGCAGCUCCUCCAGUGAAAUUCGAUUACACUGGUAACGUGAGCCGUUCGUUAUGGCAACCAAUACCGGGGACUAAAGUAUACAAGCUGAAGUACGGAUCAAAGGUCCAAGUAGUGAUACAAGGCACAAGUAUAUCCACAGCUGAAAACCAUCCUAUUCAUCUCCACGGAUACGACUUUUACAUACUUGCAGAGGGAUUUGGAAACUACAAUCCUAAAACUGAUACAUCCAAAUUCAAUCUGGUUGAUCCACCCCUUCGUAAUACAGUUAGUCUACCAGUCAAAGGAUGGGCUGUCAUUAGAUUUGUUGCUGACAAUCCUGGAGUUUGGCUUAUGCAUUGUCACCUGGAUGUUCACAUCACUUGGGGUUUAGCCAUGGCUUUUCUUGUCGAAAAUGGAGUUGGUGAAUUAGAAUCUCUGGAACCUCCCCCUGCAGAUUUGCCGGUGUGCUAAUAGUCAAUAUUUAAAUUCUUGCCUAUUAAAAAGGCCUAUACGGAUUUUUUUCUGGUUAUGAUUUGGUGUUUAUGUUACCUGCAUUCAGGUCUAGUUUCUUGUUUCUGAUUCAUUUUUUUAUAGAAAAAAGAAUUGAACAGGGUCAAGAAAAUGAUAUUAUUUAUACUAUUAAAGCAGAGGAACCAAGUUUCAUAGGAUUUAGAGCCAUUAUGUUUCUUGAUUGAAGGCUUCAUACAAUUGUAUACUUGUGAUUUUAUAUAUGAUAAUGUUAUAGCACUUUCUUGGGGCUGUUAUUUGA